AUGCUAAGUCCAUCAUAAUUUUAACAACUAUAAAGAUUGUCUCCAUAAAGAGUGAGCAUGCCUGGGAUGUCUCGAGUGGUAAUCAAUCUUAUCAAUGAAGCCUGCCUUCGUAAAGACCAGAGAAGUUCGAAUGCCCUCUCCUGCCAAACAAUACUCUCCUACAAAAUAUGUGAUCCACAAUCCUCCAUUGUACAUGAGAUCUCGAAUGGCCAGUACUGAGGACAUUCCAUCGAUGCCUUCAGAGUCCAAAAAUAUCAACAACGAUAGGAAGUAUUCAAUGCACAUCGAUCCAAAAACAUAAUAAAUAUCUCAUCUCAAUGAAAUAAUUCAAUAGCAACAAUAAUAGAUCUUGACAUAGGAGAGCAAAGUGGCGUUGCUCUAGAAUGAGGUCAAUGCUUGGAAACAGAAGUUCAUCGAACUCAAUCAGAAAUAUCACUAAAUGUAAGAAAAGUACUAUCUUGCUGAUACUGAAUUAUAACAUUAUAAAUAAUAAUGAGUGAAAAUAUUGAUGAACAUAUUCUCAAAAAAUAUGAGGUCAUCUAACGUAUUGGUAAAGGAGCCUAUGGAAUAGUAUGGAAAGCCAAGGAUCUUAAAACUCUAAAAAUAGUUGCUCUCAAAAAAGUGUUUGAUGCAUUCAAUAAUCCCACUGAUGCUCAGCGUACUUAUAGAGAAGUAUAAUUGUAUUCUCAAAGUGUGUUAGGUGACAUUCCUUAAAUAGCUCAAGCACCCUAACAUUGUUUCCAUUAUUGAAACCUAUCCUGCUAAUAACAAAAUUGAUCUCUAUAUUGUAUUUGAAUAUAUGGAAACAGAUUUACACAUUGCCAUCAGAGCUAACAUAUUAUAAGCAGAGCACCGCCGCUACAUUACAUAUUAAUUAAUUAAAGCAUUGAAAUACAUACAUUCAGCAGGAAUGAUACAUCGGUAAUUUAUUUAGAUUUACAACUAGUGAUCUAAAACCUGCCAAUAUUUUGAUCGAUUCGGAAUGCUAAAUAAAACUGGCAGAUUUCGGUCUAGCACGCAUGGUUGGAUCACAAGAUUCUGAUAUCUUAACUGAUUAUGUGGCUACCAGGUGGUUCAGAGCUCCUGAGAUUCUCCUCGGUUCCAAAUCAUACUCUUAUGGUAUCGACCUAUGGUCUGUCGGUUGUCUUAUGGGAGAAAUGAUCCUAGGUAAAGCACUGUUCUCUGGCAACAGUACCAUCAAUUAACUAGAAAAGAUUGUUGACAUUCUUGGUAGUCCCAAUUAGCAAGAAAUACUUGCCAUGGGUGGACAAUCUCAAAUCUUUUAAAAUUAAUUUAGACCAUCUAAACAAAAACUUAAUUCACUCCUUGGUUGUCCCAAGGAUGAAUUAGAUAUCAUAUCCAAAUUACUCCAGUAUGAUCCCACCAAACGAUUAAGCAUUGAAGAAUGCUUAAAACAUUCUUAUUUUAAAGAAUAUCGCAAUAUCAAAGAAGAAAUUACUUAUCAUGGAUCUAUAAUGCUUUAAUUAUAAGAUGAUAAGUAAUAUCCAAUCUCUACUUACAGAGAUGUUCUAUAUAAAAAAAUGGAUUAUUCAAGAAUCAUCACCUUAGUUAAUAAACAGAAGAAACUUGUUGAAGAGUUAGAACUCAAAAAACAGCAAAAAUGCUUUAAGUAACUCAUUGAAUAAAAAAGUGCAUAAAGUAUCAAAUAAUAUAGAAGUAGUUAAUUUUUGAAAAAUACUUAUUCAAAUUCAAAUUUAUUAGAUAAAAGUCCAUUAAAUAAAUCCUAAUAAUAAUAGCAAUAAAAUACGCAAUAGUAAUAAUAAAAUUCUACCUCUAACAUCAAAAACAAAUUGAAGUCUAUUUGUCAACAAUCUGAAGCAAGACAAAGAAGUGCCAUAUUUAAAUAAUCUAAUUCUUCAUCCAAAUACAAUAUACUUCAUAAUGUCACUAAUACAUCCUUGAGCCCACACUCUACCAUUAAUUCAAGGUAUUUGCCUAACAGAUUUCAUCAAAAAAACAAUGAUUUUUGA